ACUUCACAUACGAAAAAAGUUAUUCUAUCGUUUCUUAGAAAUUUAUGAGAACAUUAUGAAAGACUGCAAAUAUUCGCCAAAAUUGGCCGAUCCGCCCAUUCGAUUUGAGAAACCCGUAUAUGGUACGACAGAUCUCAAUUAUGCAGAUUUCUUAGCUCCAUCAUAUAUGUUAAUACUUAUCUUCUCUUUAACCACUACAGUCUCUACCUCCGUGAUAAUUGCAGAUCGAUUAGAGGGUGUUUGGGAUCGAAGUAUAGUCCAAGGAGUCAGAACAGAUGAAAUUCUAUUGUCUCACAUUCUUAUUCAGAGCAUCAUCAUAAUCAUUCACACCACUAUGAUAAUGCUUUUAUACUUUUCUAUAUGGGGAUUGGAAUGUAAAGGGUCGAUAUUUGACGUAAUAAUCCUCACAUUUCUUACGGGUUUUUGUGGAUUGAUGUACGGUUUCGUAAUUUCUAUUAUGUGGAAAAAUUACACGAUGGCGAAUUACACCUCGACUGGAAGCUUUCUCGCACUAAUAUUACUUAGUGAUAGUAUAGGUACUGAGCCUGUACAGAAAGUCUGUACUGGCAUGGUAUUGGCAUUGUACCGAAAGCUAACUCGGUUGGGAGUUGGCAAUUGGUACUGGGGCAGUACUGGGAUCGGUACUGAGCCGGUACAGAAAGUCUGUACUGGCAUAGUACUGGCAUUGUACCGAAAGCUAACUCGGCUGGGAGUUGGCAAUCGGUACUGGGGCAGUACUGGGAUCGGUACUAAGGCAGUACUGGGAUCGGUACUGAGGCAGUACUGGGAUCGGUACUGGGUACAGAAAGUCUGUAUUGGUCCAGUACUAGCAUUACUUUAA